AUGGUGAAACACAUUUUCAGCCUUUCUUUCCUGUGGAUUUUUAUUGUUUUUCUUCUUCUUCUAAACAUUGAUCCUUAUAAUUCGGUUAGAAACGGUCCACAUAUAGACCAGAAUAUUAUAAUCCCAAAACUAUUGGUUAAAAUUGUUUCCGACUUGAAUGUCACGGGAAAUCUUACUAAGAAUUUUGCCAUAAUGUCGCAAGUUCAAGAAAAAAAUGGUCUCUAUUCCACAGCCUGUAUUCAACCUGUAACGACUCCUUGUCUUUGUUGGCUGAAAACGUAUCGAAAUGUUCUCUUAGUUAGGGAUGUUGGCUUUCCUGUAAGUAGGUAUUUGGAUACUAUUGUGGGUCUGCUUGAUAAUGGAGAGGACAGUGAUAUCUGUCUGAAUUAUCCUUCUAAACCUCAUGUAGCCGCAUGA